AUGGAUGCUCAUCCAAGCGACAUCGGCGGUAUCCAAUGCAGCUACAACGAUGCAACGAACGACGCGACGAGGGGCUCAGCUCCAACAUGGCUACACCCAACGACCAAACAUACCCCUACCUCCCGCUCGACCCCUCAACCCACGAAAUUCCGCCUCCUCACCCUCUCCUAUCCCCCAGAACCACCACCACCACCCCCACCCUCAACCAACCCUCCCAACCCCUUCCCCUCCCCACCCACCUACACCCUCACCCUCACUCACGCCGCCCUCUCCCCCACGCCCCCAACAUUCACCGCCCUCUCCUACGUUUGGGGCGCCCCCCUCACCCCUUCCACCACCACCACCACGCCCCCUCCCCACCUCACCAUCAGCACCCACCGCAUCCCCGUCACCGCCAACCUCCACAGCGCCAUCACCCGCCUCACGCGCCAGCGCUGGGCCGGCCGCCUGUGGGUGGACGCGCUGUGCAUCAACCAGCGCGACACGGCCGAGAAGAACACCCAGGUGCCGCUGAUGAGCCGCAUCUACCGCGCCGCCGCGCAGGUGCUGGUGUGGCUGGGCCCGGAGCCGGACGGGGCCGCGCUACACGCGGUGAGGGAGCUGGGCGUGCUGUGGCGGGAGCAGGUGCGGGAACAGCCGGGGGGCGUGGGGGAUGCGCGGAGGGUGGAGGCGUUUGUGAGGACCGUGAGGGGGUUUGCGAUUACCGAGGGGGGGGUUCAGGGGAUGGGAGGGGGAGGGGGAAGGGUGGGGUUUGAUUUAGAGGCGGUUUGGCGGUUGUUUAGGGGGCGUGUGUGGUGGCGGCGCGUGUGGAUUAUUCAGGAGGUGGUGCUCGCGCGGAAGGCGGUUGUGAUGUGUGGCGAGGACCCGGAAGCGGGCGUGACGUCCGUGGCGUGGGAGGAUGUCAGCGAGUUGAUGAUGAGCGCCAUUCAAGCCACCGACCCCCGAGACCGGAUCUAUGGCCUACUUGGGAUGGUGCGCGAAAAAGACCGCAUCAGAAUCCCCGUCGACUAUUCCCCAACCAUGACAAUCAACAAGGUGCUUUUUGCCGUUGCAAAGGCGCUCCUUGAGGAUCACGGUCCAGAUAUUCUAUGCUUCUGCCACAGGACAUCUCGAAGCCAGCCUCAAAACACCAAGGACGCGCUCCCCUCGUGGGUACCUGAUUGGACUGCCCCCCGCAUGAUGCCCCAAAUUGGUGGUGUUUCUUUCGGCGCCGAGAGCGAGGCGGCUGCGCGCGGCGAUUCCAGUGGCGGAGCCCGCUGGCAAGACUGGGCUCCCAAGAGCCGGGUUAAAGGUGUCGUCUAUAAACAGCCGGUGGUAUCACUGCCGGGAAUCGUUGUCGGCCGAGUUGCAAGAGUUGGAAGGGUGUUCAAAGCGGCCCCGGGUUCAUCUGACUAUCUUGAUGAAUGCCGGCGCUGGCUGUUGGAGAUCAAUCAGAUGGUCACCGAGAGCCCUUGCUUUUGUCCUAGAGCCGAACUUGAUAAGGAGACGUGGCGCGUUCCCAUCACGGAUAUGGGCCUUGUGAAGCGAGCAGACGCAGAGGGCCCCGCUAGAUUCAUCCACGGAUUCAAUGUCCUGACCGGCAGGGUGUCCCCUCCACCGGCGCUGCUCAGUGAUACGGCUAAAAGUGACUGGAUUAUGUCUGAGUCCUGGGAUUACCGUCGGGCAUGGAAGAUUUAUAAUCGGCGGGCAUUGGUUGAUGACACUGGACGGCCGGGGCUGGGACCAGAAGAAACCGCCGUUGCCGACGAAAUUGCAGUACUCGCCGGGGGACAUGUACCCUUCAUCCUCCGCGGCGAACUGGGCCAGAUGAGUGCCAACAUUCCGCCUCGGCAUCAACUUGUUGGCCCAACCUACAUCUUUGGGCUGGCGGACGGGGAAGGGGUCACAGAUGAGAAGGCUUUCACCGAAAUUGAACUUGGCUGA